AUGAGAAUUGAAGGAUUAACCGAGGGAAUACAAAAACUGAAAGCCGAUAACAAAAGAUUAUUGGAAGAAAAUGCUACUCUAAAAUAUGAAUUAAACUUACUCAAGGGAGUUGAUUUUCCCAUUUUAGCUGGCAAAUUACAAAAGGCUUUAUUUAAAGCUAAGUCUCGUAAAGAUGAUGUUAAAGAUUUAAUUUUUAAAUUGGAGAUUGCUAACAGGUCUAUUCUCAAUUUAGAAGAAGCUAGAAAUCAUAUCGCAGAAGUCAAAAAAACUUUAGAAGCAAAAGUAACUAAUUUAGCUGAUGUUUUGGAGAGGGAAACUGCCAGCAAACAAGAGAUAGAAACCAAACUGCAAGAACUGGGAGACACCCUAAUCAAAAAAGAAAGCGAAUAUCAAGCCAAUUUAAAAGUUAAAGAGGAAGAUAAGUUAGACCUCGACCAAUUACGAAAUGAUUUAGCCGAGGAAAGAAAAAAGGGCGGGGAGAAUAGUGAUUUAGCGAAAAGUCUUCGUGAACAAAUUGCCCAAAAAGAUGCUGAAAUAACCAAAGAACGAGCAAGUAUUGAUAAAUUACAUUCUGAUAUUCAAGCAUUACAAACGGCUGAUAGGGAUAGAGAAGAAGCAUUAAGGAUGACAACUAACGAUAAAGAAAAAACCGAAAUACAAAAAGAAGAAAUAUUAAAAAGUGUCAAAAAUCUAACUAUUAAACUAAAAGAAAUUGAAGGCUCAUUGAGCCAAAAAGACACCGAGAGUAAGAAAAAGAUUGAAGAUUUAGAAACUGAACUAGCAAAAACAAAAGAGUGA